CGUGAGUCAUAGGAGGCCUUGCUUGAAGUGCUUCGUGUUCGUUUGCUGUUAUACCUGGCUGCGAUCUCGUUCGGCAUCACUCCCCACUACUUGCACGACCACCUCCGCUCUCAGGACGUACAUCAAGCUCUCCCGAUGGCAACUAAAAUGAACCCAGAGGACCUCAGAAGGACAAUCGGACGCUUCCGAGUUCUGAUCUUGGGAAGAGCGAACGCAGGUAAAACAACCAUUCUUCAGAAAGUCUGCAACACCACGGAACGGCCAGAGAUUUACAAUGCCAAAGGAGAGAAGAUUGAUGCCGUCGUCGUAGAAGGCUCGAGAUUGCGCGGAAAUCACGAUAUCACAAACGAGAUGGUGUUCAAAAGCAAUCCCGGUUUCGUCUUUCACGACUCGUGCGGUUUCGAAGCGGGCUCUGUAGAAGAAUUCGAGGAGAUGAAGAAAUUUAUCUCAGAACGUGCAAAUGCGACGAAAUUGGAGGAGCGACUGCAUGCCAUUUGGUAUUGUAUUCCAAUGGACGACCAUUGGCGAACAUUCCAGCGGUCGGAGGAGAAAUUCUUCUCUGAGUGCAAUACUGGGAAUGGUGAGCUUGCAACUUCAGUGUCCCUCGUCGUGCUCGGACUACAUAACAAUUCUUCAGUUCCCGUAAUUGCAGUAUUCACCAAAUUUGAAGCUCUCCGUCCAGUGGCAUUCGGAGAACUGGAGAAGCAAGUAAUCAGGCUAUCGAAGGAAGAGUGCUCAGAGAGGAUUGCCCAACGUGUCGAAGAACUGUUCAACAACACACGUGUCUGGGAUCGGUUAUGCGACCCUGAAAACCGCACUCAUCCCAAGUGCUAUGUACGCUUACAAAAUAUGAAUGAACCAGACACAAACUGCAACAUCCUGGUGGAACGCACUACUUUUGCAUUGGAUGACGAAGAAUUGCGGCUGUGCCUAGUAUUAACACAACAGUCAAAUCUGGAACUUUGUAUCAAGUGUGCUGUUAAAACACUUGUGGAUUGUGCUCAUCAACAAGUCUUGCAACUUCCAACAGAUCAUGAAGCCUACCAGUGGGACCUUGCUAAGUGGUUUCCAUAUCUCUCAGUAAGAUAACAAUAUCAUGAUGACUUUGUGAUUGGCGCUAACCAAUGCUGUCUUCUGAUGAUAGCUAGUAAGAUGCUGGUUUUUGCAC